AUGGGUGGCAAACAAUCAUAUUUCACCGAUGAAGAGUUACGCGAUUAUCAGACAUUAACAUUUCUUAGUCGUCAGGGCAUUAUUGAAGUCGUAAAAAGAUUCAUUCAACUUACGCAAAGAAAUCGUCACAAUGCAAAGAUUCAUGAAUUACGUUUAUCGAAAAAUCAUGCUAUAGAUAUACCUGAACUUCGAGAAAAUCCGUUUCGUAAACGAAUCGUUGAAGUAUUUUCUUCUCAACCCGAUGGCUCAUUAUCGGUUGAAGAUUUUCUUGAUAUGAUGAGUGUUUUUUCUCAAAAUGCACCAAAAUCUGUUAAAGUUUCUUAUGCAUUCAAAAUUUACCAGGGCAUCGGUGCACGACAUAGUACAGCUGAUGAUGGCGCACCAAUUUCAAAUGCAAUUGAUGUCAAGGAUGUAAAAGAAAUUGUUCGACGUUUAUCAGGAAAACAGUUCAAUGAUAGGGAUUUAACAAAAAUUGCUGAAGCAGUUAUUAAUGAAGUUGACCUUCGUGGUGAUAAAAUAAUAACUGCUGAAAUUUUUGAAUAUUUUCUUUCGAACGUACCUGAUUUUCCUUCUACAUUUGUUAUUCCAUUGAGUAAAUAA